CACGGCUUGCCCUAAAAACCCUUUGCUUUUGCGCACGACGACGAAAAAUGAAGCCUCCACUUUCUUUCUUGCCGUCUUGAUCGGUAGCCACCCACCCUCCAGUCCUACCAGCGCCGCCGCCGCAGCACAACCCCAGCCGCCAUGCCAUCCUCCUCCGGGACCUCGGAGUCCUGGUCGCGGCCGAACGACCUCCUCGACGAACCCACCCGCGACCGAGCUCCCCGCACCAGCGACGGAGGCGAUGACGGCGACGACGACGUCUCGGCCGAGCGGGUCGCCUCGCGGCUGCGCAAGCCAGGAGCCCUGAGGGCCCUCUGCAAGAGGUACGCCAUCCCCGGCGGCUUCGCCCCGGUCCUCGCCGGCGGCCGCUCCUCGUGCUCCACGCCGCCGCCCGGGUCCGUCUGCGUGUACCUCGACGCUCUGGACGCCGGGAUGCGCCUGCCCCUCCACCCCUUCUUCGCCGCCGUGCUCACCCACUUCGGGCUCGCCCCGGGUCAGCUCUCGCCCAACGGCUGGCGCGCCAUGGCCGGCUUCGUCGCGCUCUCCCGCUCCGCCGGCGUGGACCCGUCGCUCGCCGUGUUCCGGCACUUCUUCGCGCUCUGCCCGUUCCCGCCGCACGGCUUCUACACCCUCCGCGGCAAGGACGCCGACGGCCUGCUCUUCGCCCGGAUUCGCGCCAAGUUUGUCAAGGGCUGGAAGGAGGACUUCUUCUUCCUGGCGUCGUCGGCGCCCUGGCCGUGCCCGGUGGAGUGGGGGGAGCCUUCCAGGUCCUCCACCUUCGACCCGUCGCUCACCGUCCAGGAGAAGGCCGUGGCGGACAGCCUGCUGCGUGCUCGAGGGAGCUCCCCGAUCGAUCUCUUCGCGUACCUCCACCACCGCAACAUGGGCGCGGCCAGCAUCACCGGGGUGUCGCCUCCAACUCCUCGAGCCGUACGAUCUGAUGCCGCCAUGGAGGAAGCCACGACCGCGGCCGCGCGCGCGACGGCAGGGAAGGUGACGGUGAAGAGCGAGCCUGACUGCAAGGUGCCGCCUUGUGCGCCGUCGCUUGGGAAGAAGAGGAAGCUGCCGGAGGACCGUGCGGACGGCGAGAGCUCGGCGUCGGGCCCCUCUUGCCCGCCGGGCUUCUCCGCCCCCUGCAAGUCGCCGCCCGCGACAAGCAAAGAUGGUGACUGGAAGGCGGCGAGGCGGCUGCUGCAGGGCACCGUGACGCCGUCGCGGGAGCGCGAGCUCGCCGCGUCCAAGCCGGCCGACGUCGUCGCCUCAACCUACGUGUCACUGCUGCAGACGGCGAACGAGGUGGCCUUCUCGCUGGGCUACGCUCUGGAGCUGGAGGAGAAGCUGAGGGCGCGCGAGCGCAAGGCGGACGCGCUCCAGGGGGAGCUGCACAGGAAGCUGAAGGCGCGCGAGACCGAGACGGAGGCGCUGCGGGCGGAGCUGCGCAAGGCCAAGGCCGAGCUCGACGAGACGGCCAAGGCGGCGGCGGCGCGGGAGGAGCUGUGGAGGAAAAUGAAGGCGCGGGAGCGCGACACCGCCGAGGCGGAGGCUCUGCGGGCGGAACUGCGCAAGGCGAAGGCCGUGCUCGCCGAGGCCAAGGCGGACGCGGGGAUCGCGGCGGCGGCGGCGCGCGGGCUCAGGGAGGAGCUGGACAGGAACGUGAAGGCGCGGGAGCGGGACGCCGCCGAGACGGACGCGCUGCGGGCGGAGCUGCACAAGGCGAAGGCCGAGCUCGCCGCGACCAAGGCGGAGGCCGAGAGGGCGGCGCCGGCGCGGUGGUUCUGGGGGUCGAGCAGGGAGCACGCGCGCGCGCUGGCGGAGCGGGAGCUGCGCGGGUACGAGCGCGGCCUGGAGGACAUGAGGCGCGCCGCGCUUCAUCGCUACCCGUACCUGGACCCGGCGCUGCUCUUCGUGCCGGUCCGCGCCCCCCCGUAGCGCCGCCGCCGGCGACCGCCCGAUCGCCAUGCCUGCCCGCUGCACACGUCGAUCGAUCUGCAAUUAUCCGCAUGUUUCUGGGACGCGCUGCUGAUCUUUGGGACUGCAUUUCCCACCUUCGUUUCACAGUUCACAUGGAACUUCUUUUGUGUGAAAAAAUGUUGCAUCAGAGGAUGAAUAUAUGCGUAAAUCAUUAGGGAUUAUGAUCCGUCAAAAAUGUUGAGAGGCAAUCUAAUCUAUGACUAUAUUUUCAUGAGCUGUGAUCUGA